AUGUCCUCAAUAACCACAAUCCGCACCCAAAUCCUCACCAACCCCCACCCCCAACGCCUCGUCCUCAAACUCCCCACCAAAGAACUCAACCCCCAAAACUACCGCCUCUCAGCCAGAGACUUCCUCAACACCAUCUUCCCCAACUACAAAGACGACAACCGGAUCAAUUUCCUAGCUAUUGAAAUCCAAGCCAAGCACACAUACAUAGCCAUAGACGUGAACAAUUUCGAUUACGAUUUCGAAACCGCACAUGAAACAACAACAAUUCUCCCGGUAUAUGUUCUCUGGAACCAUAAACGAAACGGAUGGUACCUGGUACGAUGGUCGCAGGAAGAUGAACCCCUCGCGAGGAAAAUAGCAGACCUGCAUGAUCUUAAUGGGUUUGAGGCCACGGUGCCCUUUCUGGCGGAUUUUAAUGGAGUGGUGGUUUAUGAGAAUUCGAGAUAUUUGGAUGGGAGGAGAUGGGGGAGGUGGGAUGUUUCUGGGUCUAGUGGUGAAGGUGUGUGA